UCCUCGGCACCGGGCGGACCGGGGCGCACCGCGAACGCGUGAGAGACGGAUGAACUUUAAAUCCGCCUCCCAACUUUCCCCGCCGCGGCACUCCGUCUCCGGCUCCGCCGUUCCCUGACUCCGUCUCCCUCUCCCCUCGCCGCUGCCCUCCUCCGUCGCCCCCCCCCCCCUCGAGCGCAAAACCCGGAGGAAGCUCUCGACAAUGGAUUUACUGCGAUCACGAACCGGUUGCGAGUGAUCAGUUCUCUUGUUUAUUUUCCUCUUGUUUCGGAUGCUGAUUUGCGCCUCGAGUCGAGAUGAUGGCAUCAAUAGGGGAAUUUGAUCCUCUCAACACCAGAGUCCCUGCAACUAAAAUCGAAGUUACCGUGUCGUGCAGGAGUUUACUGGAUGUGGACACCUUCUCCAAGUCAGACCCUGUGGUUGUGCUGUACAUUCAAGCUGUGGGAACCAAAGAGUGGAGGGAGUUUGGCAGGACAGAGGUCAUCGAUAACACUCACAACCCCGAUUUUGUCAGGAAGUUUGUCCUGGACUUCUUCUUUGAAGAGAAACAGAACCUGCGGUUUGACGUGUAUAAUGUCGACUCCAGAAGCUGCAACAUUUCCAAACACAAGGACUUUCUGGGCCAGACCUUCUGUACCCUUGGCGAAAUCAUUGGCUCCAGAGGAGGAAGACUGGAAAAGACCCUCUCUGGGAUCCCAGGGAAGAAGUGUGGCGUCAUCAUCCUGACGGGAGAGGAGCUCAGCAACUGCAGGGACAUUGCCACCAUGCAGCUUUGUGCCAACAAGCUGGAUAAGAAGGACUUUUUUGGCAAGUCCGACCCCUUCCUGGUUUUCUACCGGAGCAACGAGGACGGAACGUUCACCAUCUGCCACAAGACAGAGGUGAUUAAGAACACCCUGAACCCGGUGUGGCAGCCCUUCACCAUCCCCGUUAGGGCUCUCUGCAACGGCGACUAUGACAGGACUGUAAAGGUAGACGUCUACGACUGGGAUCGGGAUGGAAGCCACGACUUCAUAGGCGAGUUCACCACCAGCUACCGGGAGCUUUCUCGAGGCCAGAACCAGUUCAACGUCUACGAGGUUUUAAAUCCUAAGAAGAAAGGCAAGAAGAAAAAAUAUAUCAACUCAGGAACGGUAACUCUGCUGUCCUUCAAAGUGGAGUCCGAGCACACCUUUGUGGAUUUCAUUCGAGGAGGAACCCAGCUGAACUUCACCGUGGCUAUAGAUUUCACAGCAUCCAAUGGAAACCCGUCCCAGCCCACCUCCCUCCACUAUAUGAGCCCCUACCAGAUGAAUGCAUAUGCCAUGGCCCUGAAGGCGGUGGGGGAGAUAAUCCAGGACUACGACAGCGACAAGCUUUUUCCUGCCUAUGGCUUUGGAGCUAAACUGCCCCCCGAUGGCAAAAUCUCCCAUGCCUUCCCCCUGAACGGGGACGGUGAUAAUUCCAACUGUGUAGGAAUCGAGGGGGUUCUGGAGGCGUAUUUUCAGAGCCUGAGGACAGUGCAGCUCUACGGACCCACCAACUUUGCACCUGUUAUCAACAAAGUAGCAAACUGUGCAGCUGAGAUUACAGACGGCUCCCAGUACUUUGUCCUGCUGAUGAUCACGGAUGGAGUGAUAUCUGACAUGGUCCAGACCAAAGAGGCUGUGGUCAACGCAGCGUCCCUCCCCCUGUCCAUCAUCAUCGUAGGUGUUGGACCUGCUGAGUUCGAUGCCAUGGAAGAGCUGGACGGUGACGAGGUGAGGGUUUCCUCCAGAGGACGUUUUGCCGAGAGAGACAUUGUACAGUUCGUGCCGUUCAGAGAUUACAUCGACAGAUCUGGCAACCAGGUCCUCAGCAUGGCGCGGCUGGCGAAAGACGUCCUGGCGGAGAUCCCCGACCAGCUGGUGUCCUUCAUGAAGAGCAGGGGCAUCGAACCGCGGCCCGCCCUCUCUUCUUCGCCGAUACCGGGGGUUCACCAGCACAUCUGACCCCCCGCAUCCAUCGCCUCCGCCUCUCCACCCUGACUCACUCUCCCUCCCCCCCCCAGUGCUUAUCUACACUCACCUCCUGUACAGUAAUUUGUCACUUUGACGGAGCAGAAGGUUUGACCGGUAACUCGGCCUCUUCCUCUCUUAUCGGCAGAGAAGCUAAACAGCGCGUCACAACGACGCAGCGGCCGAUCAGCCUUGACUCACCUGCUGCUGAUUCUCAUCUCCUCCUACAUUACUCACCCUCUUAUACUGCAACACUUUACAUUUACUCUGUGAAGGAAAAGGUGAGGCUGAGCCGCGAUGCUUUCUCCCCUCUCUACUGAGUUUGACCGGCGUCCUUGUGCUGACAGUUCUCACAUUUGGCUCAAAUCCCAAAAGUGCAGCGCUCUAAAAUUAAUUUAAGAGAGCCGAUCUCGUUUUUAUCAUUAUAUGCCAACAUGUAUCAGGUACUCUGUUAUUUUAGGGCCACUGUCGAGUAAUUUUUCACUGCAAAGACAGACAUUUUUGACUGAGCUGUCAUUAUUAUCGCUGACGUCUAGAAAGCGAAACAAAGGUGCCAAACACUAAACAGAUGAAUUAGAGAUGAGGGAAACCCUGAGUGUUUCACAUGUGGAUGUGUUGGCAGGUCUCGCAGGCGCACACAAGCCCGUGCUGCCACACCCACCCUCUCUUCGCCCAGCGUGGGCUGAAGCUGGGUGCACAUUUCCCCCUCCACCCCCCGCUGCUAGAGAAAUGCCAGUCUCUCCAGCUGCCCUGCAGAGACGCGGAGGACGAUGGGAGGGAGGAAGCGAAGGUAAAAAAAAAAAAAAAAAAAAAAAAAAAGAAGAAGAGAGACAGUGAGAACGCAUGAAGGUAUAAGACGGCGAGGGAGAAGUGGAAAGAAACAAAUUAAGGCCAAGCGAAAAGGGGCAAAGAAACGAAAGCAUCCAGAGAUUAGUUUGAUGCCAGAGGAAGAAGAAGGCAGGAGAAACAGAUGGUGGCAGAUGAGGGUUUGCGAUAGCAGCACAAAGGAAAGCAGUCGGGAAAGAAAUCUCAAUGAAAGAUUAACGCACAUUCUCCAAAAAGCAAUAUAGCAUCCUCCCCGUGCGGUGUCGGCCCUAUGCAUGUCCCUCACCCUCCCCUGCCAUGACUUGACAUUUUAUUCCCAUGCAGACUGUAGACGUGUGCAAAGUGGGCAAAGCCUGCAACCUAGUGUCCACCAUGUGUAUAGCAGGGUCUCUUUAUUAUGCAUGACUAUUGUACGUCCCUGUACUUACUCGCAGCCCAGACGCAUGUCCCGCGACAGCUGACGUCUUCAUAGCACUAAUGUAAUCUAGCAUAGUACGAAUUCAGGCUACGCAGAGGUCCGACCACAACGCGAAAGCGGCCCAGUGUGUUUGCGUGGUGGUUUAGAGGAGCGUUCGUCCUGUUCCGCGUGUUGUGUGACUAUAUAUUCAUUUUUAUAAACUUACAAUAACUAGUUCAGUGUUGGGGAAAAAAACGCGUGUCACGGUGUUCAUGCUGGUGUUGCAACAGAAGAAGAGAGCUGUAUCUCGAAACAAUAUGCAUCUUUCCUUGUGUCACUGUACGUUUUCGUUCGGGGGUCGCGGCGCUAAUGUGUGUGUGCAUCAUCUUGCAGAAAUCCAGUGUUUCACGCUUUCAUUAUUUAAGCUUGUGAACCCCACCCCCUCCCAUUGAGAGACUUGAGAGUAUUUUUGAUAUUUUGCAACGAUGUGGCCUGGUCCCAAGGUCACAGACAACAGACAUUUGAGGUCAAAGACCAGAAGCGUUCUGAGGGUUCACCGGCCUGUUGGGUAGAUUUUGUACGAGAACACUGUCUGUCUGUAUUUAAUCUCAUGAUUGUACGAAUGCUAAUAUUCAGCCUAUUGAAUAUGUGUUUACAUUCAUUGUACAAUACAUACGGCCCGAGUUUGCUUAGUUUACAGCUUCAAGCCCUGUCGCAUUGGUCUCCUUACGAUGAAUAUUGUAUGUAGAUGUUUUUAUGAAUGUCCAGAUAAGAAUGUACACCAUUGGAUUAGACGCUGUUUUAACAAAUACCUUGUUGUGUUUUGACAUCAGGUCCGACUGCGUUUGUGUUUACUCAUGUCCCCUGAGUCUGAUCCACCGCGCUACAAUGUUACCAAACAUAAAGCGACACAGCCUGAU